AUCAUCAUUCAUGGACAUUAACAAAGUUGUCACUUGUAGCUGGAGAACAAGCGAAUUGUUCUUGUGAUACGUUUCACCAGGACACCGUUGAUAUAUGCACACUCAUUCAUUUUUUUUUCCUUCCGAUGCCCAAGUGACAAGUUGUAAGAUGAGAAGAUCUGCAGCUCCGAGCCAACUCAGCGGCAAUGCAGCAAAACGAGUCAGAUUCUUCCCACCGGGGAAAACAAAUAACCCUGUGCCUUCAUCAGGGGACAGCAGACUGCUGGAGAGGAACGAGAUACCUCAUGAAAGUGGCGAUAACAAGAACCCCUUAUUGCAGUCCAAAGCAUUGGUUACAAAAUGUGAAAUGCUUCAGACCUGCGCUCCUCCCCAGACCUCAGGAAAUGUGGAUGAACAUGGUCAUUUGGAAAUGUCUAAAUCUGAUCAUCUGACCACCUCACCUGUUUCUUCUGUUGAGUUUCGAAAUACAAAUCAAGCUGAUGUUAUUAAAAUGGCCACUUCAUUCAUGUUUCUGAAACUGGGAAAAUCCAUAAUUCAGCGUGGUGGAAGUUCUGCUUCUGAACAAGGUUCUUGUGUGGAACAGCCUGCUGGCUUGUAUCCACAGCCUGGAACCUCUGGUUACCCAUCUCAUUCCUGUUCAGAUUGGAUAACACCAGAGUCAGAACCUGAACAUGAAGAGAAACCUCCUCCAAUAUUAACUAUUCCAUCCCAACCAAAUGAAAGUAUUGAGCAACAGAAAAGGAAGGAGACUCAGGAGGCCACAAAUGGCUCUGCAUCACCGUUUUCAUCCUGUGAGGCACAGGUAUCCUUAACACCAUCUCCUCGACCUGCAAGAAGAGAAGAUGUUUUGUUCAGACACCAACGACGUCACCAGGGUUCUUUACAUCCCAUGACCAGACAUGAUGAUGGAGAAAUACAACUGAUGUCAGCAGAAGAACAUGAGAUAAUUAUGGAAAAUCAAAGGAAGUUUGGACUAUAUCUUGAUGAAAAAAGGGAAAGCCUUAAGAGAAAACAAGUAUUAGAGGAGGACUUGUUAAGAGCAAAAAUCAGGGUGGAAGAAUUAAAGGCAGCAAGACUGCAACAAGGAUUGAAGAAACAGAAGGAGCUUACUUUAUCUGAGAAGAUUCAAGUUCUUGAAUUGCUUCAGAGGCAAAAGAUCUCCCAAAUGGAACUAGCAAAGCGUUUUGGGGUCACACAGCCUGUCAUCUCUAGGCUAAUCAAGAACAAGGAAAAAGUCAUGAUGGAAUGGCACAAUAACAGCAAUCCAGAUCGAAAACGGAAAAGGGAAGGGAGAGAUAGUGAUGUGGACACAGCUCUUUUUCAGUGGUUCCAAAUCGCCAAGGCACAACAUGUGGUUAUCUCAGAUGAAAUCUUGGCUGCAAAGGCAAAGGGCCUAGCAGAAGCUAUGCAGAUCAGAAACUUCAUUCCAACUGUUGGCUGGAUCAGUAGGUGGAAGGCUCGCCACAGUGCCUUUUUCCAACAAGCACAUGGGGACAGUGAUGGCAUAGGCCAGUCAGCUGGCAUUGCACCACACGAGGUUGUGCCACCAGAAGGAAUGACAGAAGAGGAAUUCCACCAAUAUGUGGAGCAAGCUGCCAUUAAGGUAUGUGUUUGGGAUAUAGCUGAUCCAGAACCAGGAAACAGCAUGAAAGUGAUCACAAAAGCAGAAGUAAUUGAUGCUGAGGAAGAGAAAUCCAUGCCUGUCUUUAAGGUGGCAAGAGGAAGUAACGGACAACUAAUGUCUUCAUCAAAUCAACAUAACAUAUCCUAUGGGAGGAGUUCUACUUCAAGAAGAGAUACUUGUGUGGAAAUGCCUAGCAGUUCUUGUUCACAGCCUGGUACCUCAGGUUACCAGUCCUAUUCAUUUCCUAGGUGGGUAACUCCAGAGGUUGGACGAAAGUCUGAAGGAAAAUCUCGGUUAGCGACUCAGCAACCAGCAAGCAACAGCUUCGAAGGAUUAAAUAAAGCAGAUACUCAGCAAAUCACAGCUCUGUCUCUUUCUCCACCUUGUGUUCGAAUACCCUCCACACCAUCUCCUCGACCUGUUACAAGGGAUGAUCUUCUGUUUCUGCAACAUCACCAUGCAGGCAUUCCAAGCUAUGGAACCAGGCAUGAGAAGGAAGUACCAGCUGUGUCCUCAAAAGAGCAAGAACUUAUUCUGGAAAACCAAAGGAAGUUUGGGUUGUAUCUUGAUGAGAAAAGGGAAAGCCUUAAAAAAUUACAUGCGCUGGAGGAAGAACUGCUCAGGGCAAAAAUUGAAGUUGAACAGUUAAAAGCAUUACGACUGCGAGGAUUUCAGGGAAAACAUCAUCCCUGCAUUCAGCCUGUCAAGUCCUACAAGAACUUGGACUAUUGUAUGGGUAUUGAAAACAUCCCAUGUGUGAUUGAUAUGGAAUCGUGUCAGGCGUCAGAUGCUUCUGCCCAGAAACAUCUGAAGCCAUUUCAACCAUUUGAAGUACCAAAACAAAUUCAUGUACCAACGCCACUAGUGCCACAUCAGCCGUCAAGACUCACAAAACACUCAGAAGAAAAUGCACCUGACUCAUUUGUUGCAUACUACAGCGUCCUGUGGUGUAAGGUAUCAAAGAAGAAACACAAGAAAUGGGAGGGAGAUGCAGUUUUGAUUGUUAGAAAGACAUCUGUGCUUCUCAAGGACAUAGAGGGCAAAGACAUUGGAAAAGGAACAGGAUACAAGUUAAAAGAACUCGCAACUCUUUCUGAAGGCCAGACCUUAAUCAUUGGUGGGAAAGAGAUUGAGAUUAUGGGAACGAUUUCACCAGAAGACUUUAUGAGUGGCCGCUGCUUCCACACUACUGUUGCUGCCUCAUCAGACCUGUCACUGCCAACCGCCUUGCAGCAGCCUUCGCUUAAACAGUUCACCAGCCCACUGAGGAAUGCUGCUGGAUCUAGCCAAAUAGAAGGCCUUAAAAAACCCCUCAUGGAUUGUAAGCCUAGGCAUGAUCCAAAUGCGCCAAAUGCUUUAGUAAUGCCACGACCAAAUCUGAGUCACCAGUGGAUCUUCAAUAAAGCUGGUCUGCCACUGGUGGAUGUGGUGGUGGAUCCUUACCUCACCACACACUUUCGACCUCACCAGAGGGAUGGUGUGAUUUUCCUUUAUGAAUGUAUAAUGGGAAUGAGAACAUCUGGCCGAUUUGGUGCUAUUUUGGCUGAUGAGAUGGGUCUAGGGAAAACCCUGCAGUGUAUUGCACUAAUUUGGACCCUCAUGCGGCAAGGACCUUACGGGAACAAACCUGUUAUCAAGAAGACCCUUGUAGUCACACCAGGGAGUCUUGUAAAAAACUGGGUCAGGGAGUUCCAGAAAUGGCUUGGAUUGGAGAGGUUAAGGGUUUUUGCAGUUGACCAGGACCACAAAGUAGAAGACUUCAUCACUUCGCCACUUUACUCCGUUCUUAUCAUCAGCUAUGAGAUGUUGCUGCGGUGCCUGGAACAAAUUCAAAACUUCCAGUUUAGCCUAUUAAUUUGUGAUGAAGGACACCGUUUAAAAAAUAGCUCAAUUAAGACAUCCACGGCAAUUCUUAGCCUCUCGUGUGAGAAAAGAGUGAUUCUCACUGGUACUCCAAUACAAAAUGAUCUUCAAGAGUUCUACUCUCUCGUAGAAUUUGUGAAUCCAGGUGUCCUUGGAUCCUCAUCCACCUACAAAAAGAUUUAUGAGGAGCCUAUUAUCCGGUCACAACAACCCUUUGCAACUAAGGAUGAAAAGCAGUUGGGUGAAGAAAGGGCAGCGGAGCUUUGCCGAUUAACUGGGCUCUUCAUACUUCGACGCACACAAGACAUCAUUAACAAUUACCUCCCUCCAAAGACUGAAUGGAUUAUCUUCUGCCGCCCGGCUGCACUGCAGCUUGAACUCUAUCACAAACUACUGUCAUCUCAUGCAGUGAAAUCUUUCCUGCAGGGAAAGCUGGAUAACAGUCUCCACUUAAUAUGCAUUGGGUUACUGAAAAAGCUCUGCAAUCACCCUACGCUUCUCUUUAAUACAAUAAAGGAAAAUGAAAAUUGCUCCAUAAAACUUGAUUUUGAUCAACAGUUGGAAAUCAGCCCUUACAAAGAUCUGACCAGCAUAUUUCCGAUGAACUACAAACCAGACACAUCCACUGCAAAGUAUUCAGGGAAGCUAGAAGUACUGAGAGAUCUUUUAGCAGGCAUUCAUGCACAGAGUUCAGCUGAGAGAGUUGUGCUUGUUUCAAAUUAUACUCAGACGUUGGACAUCUUGCAAGAAAUGUGCAAGUCAUCUGGAUAUAGCUACACCCGAUUGGAUGGACAAACUCCUGUCAGCCAUCGACAACAAAUUGUGGAAGCUUUCAAUAGCAAACACUGCCAAAAUUUUAUCUUCUUACUCAGUUCAAAGGCAGGUGGAGUUGGAUUAAAUCUGAUUGGAGCAUCUCGAUUAGUUCUGUAUGAUAUCGACUGGAAUCCAGCAAAUGACGUUCAGGCUAUGGCCAGAGUAUGGAGAGAUGGUCAAAGGAGACCUGUGCACAUUUACAGACUUCUAACUACAGGGACCAUAGAAGAGAAAAUUUAUCAGCGACAGAUUAGUAAGCAAAGUUUAUCUGGGGCAGUGGUUGACCUAAAGAAGAAGAGAGAGCAUGCCAGCUUUUCCCUAGAAGAACUUAGAAAUCUUUUUGAAUUAGAUGAAGUCUCCGAUUGUCUUACUCAUGACCUCCUCUCUUGUAACUGUUUGAAGAAUGGAGAAUUGUCAGCCAAGACUACUGAAAAGUCUCCAACUCCUAGAUCCUGUCAACUGGGCUGGAAUUCAGAAAUGGUUGAUUCUCAGGAAAACCUUUCUAUGUCAGAACUAAUGCACUGGAAGCACUAUUCUGGAGAAAUUAAAGACUUUCCAGAUCCUUAUCUUGAAAAAGCAAAAGAAAAUAUAACCUUCAUGUUUCAAAACACAACAACACCACAGGGUGUGUUCAGCUGAGGAGAAGAUGGAAAUGACUACACAUACCUGCACUGGAAUUUCAUUUCUAAUUCUACCAACUUUUGUUUAGAAGCUUGGUAGAUUCUUUAUAAAUAUUUUUUUGGAUUGUCCCUAGCCUGUCCUUAGUUCACAGGCUUUAUUUUUUUAUGUUGUUAAUCAAGUUGGGGACUAUCAUUGCUGGGAAUAGGGACACAGUGUUGGGAUUCAGCAGCCUGGAUAGAUACCGGAACAACCUUCCUUCUGUGUGUACAAAAAUCAUCCCUUAACAGGAUUCAUUUAGAACAUUACUAAGAUUAACCACACUGAUCACAGGAGUAAGAAAUGACAAAUUAUCAAUUUGAGCCAGAUUACAUAGAGAUUUGUCUGGCAGAUUGACCAUUUCACCAAGGCCCUUGCAUCCUGCACAGAAUUAAAGCACAGGCUCAGAAAUUAAUCAGCUGUGCUUGUCCACAACACCCAAAUAAACUAUUUUUUUGUCAUAUUCUGACAAUGAUAUGAAUAAGUGAAAUACAUGUAGCUAACAAGCAGUGAAAAUAUCCAGAGAUUGGUGUUUACAUUAUCUCCCAAUUUCCUCCCAUCUUGAGUGGUGAAAUUGUGUAAGCAUUUCUGUACAUGCUGAUAGCCUUGUGGUAUCUUUCCCUUGCAGUAUCUGUUUUAAGUCACUGCAUAACAACCUAGCGAAAUAUUUGGCAUCCGAACACACACACAUUCUCCUGGUCAGAGUGUAGGCGAUUGGGUAGUUUCCCCAUCAAGCCCGUGUCCACAUUGUUAUCAUUGACUUGUGUUAUUUUAUGUGAGUUCUGUGGGAUGCGGUUUGUAGUAUCUCUUUUUUAAGUAGACGUUACGUUAAAUAAACUUUCUGGUGUAAAAUA